ACGAUAACUGAUUACCACGAUGGCCUAUGACGAUGGCACGGUUAUAAAUUAUGCAUGUUUAUUAAAUGAUAAGACGUGAUAACAGAGCUUUUUUGCUAUAAUCAUCGAACGCGAAUUAUUUUUUUUUGUAUAGAUAUUAGAUAGAAACAAUAUGCUGAUUGCUACUACGACCACAUAACAACAAUAAAUUAUUAUUAUUAUUGUUUACGUUUUAGUCAAACAAAGUGUACUUAGUACGGUUUUAGAUAUUCAUAAAUCGGGGUACUUUCUAUAAGAUUAUUUACUAUUUUAAACUGUGCGACUGCGUCAGGUACCCAUCAUCGGCCACUGAAUGAUCGAAGAUAUCCUAGAUUUUUUUAACCGUUUUUAUAAGUGAAUUAUUAGUUAUAUUUUUUGUUUUUCACCGUCAAUAGAUUGAUCAACAUGAACUCUACAAUUGCAGACAUCAAGUCCACUUCGUUAAUCUAUAACGAAUUUAAUAUGUAUAUUUGUCCAAAUAAUAUAUUUAUUGAGCCAUUACAAAACCCAAAUAUAAUAUUGAACAUUGAUCGAAUCGACUUUACCUCUCAAAAACAAACGAAUAAUGGUCAAAUACCAACAGAAAUUAAAAGUCAAAGAAUUGCUGGAAUAUUAGGUGUUGUAAAACUUUUAAUUGGCCCUUAUAUUAUCAUAAUAAAAAAAAAAGAGUUUGUUGGUAAAAUAAAUGGUCAUGAUAUAUGGAAAUUGAUAGAAAUUGAUAUUUUACCAGUACCUAAGACUAAACUUCAUUUAAAUGAAACACAAGACCGAAUGGAUACUGAAUAUUUAAACAUGAUCAAGCAAACUUUUAAUACACCAUAUUAUUAUUUCUCAUAUACGUAUGAUUUAACUCACACUAUGCAGAGGCUGUAUAAUACUUCUACAUCAUUUGUAAAUAUUCCAAUGUAUGAAAGAGCAGACCAGCGAUUUCUGUGGAAUCAUUUUUUACUAAAGAAUUUUUGUAUGGACCAUCAUGAGUUUUGUGUUCCCAUCAUUCAUGGAUUUAUUGCCAUAAAUAAUUGCAUUUUAAAUGGAAAAGAUUUUGUUUGGACGGUAGUAUCUAGACGAUCACGAAAUCGUCAUGGCCCGAGAUUAUUAAAACGUGGUAUUGAUUUGAAUGGAAAUGUCGCAAAUUUUGUUGAGACAGAAAUGAUAGUAGAAUAUAAUAAUACCAAGAGUUCUUAUGUACAGACACGUGGAUCAAUUCCUUUAUAUUGGGCACAAUAUCCAACACUUAAAUAUAAGCCGGCAAUGCAGAUAGCUCAAAAUGAAAACCAUUUAGAAGCAGCUACCAUUCAUUUUAAUGAACAGAUUUCUAUUUACGGUCAACAAAUUUUGAUUAACUUGAUUGAUCAUAGAGGUGCAGAGCAAGAAUUGGAACGCAAUUAUCAUGAUAUUGUUAAUAUGUUGGACAAUAAUAAAAUUAAAUAUGAAGCAUUUGAUUUUCAUAGUGAGUGUAAAAAAAUGAGAUGGGAUAGACUAUCAAUUUUGGUUAAUAGAGUAGCCCAUGAGCAAGAUAAUUUAAAAUAUUUUCUUCUCGGCUCUGAUGGAAAGUUGCUUAUCUUACAAAAAGGAGUAUUUAGAACAAACUGUGUUGACUGUUUGGAUCGAACAAAUGUUGUACAAAGUUUAUUAGGCCGUAGAAUUUUGACUGUUAUGUUACAGAAAAUGGACAUACUAAACUUUGGACAAAAAGUUGAAGAUCAAUUAGAUUUUGAGAGUUUAUUCAAAUCAGUAUGGGCUGAUCAUGCUGAUAUAAUAUCGAUUCAAUACUCUGGAACAGGAGCCUUAAAAACUGAUUUUACGCGAACUGGUAAACGCACUUACAAUGGAAUGUUUAGAGAUUUAAAAAACUCACUUUUGCGGUAUUACAAAAACAAUCUGAGAGAUGGAGUUCGCCAAGAUAGUAUUGAUCUUGUUUUGGGUAAUUAUGUUGUAAACGCUGAGGAAAGUGCAUCUUUAUCCUGUCCUUUAGAAGUUAAACCGGCUCUUAAAUAUUUUAUGUAUCCAAUAAUUUUAAUGAUUGCACUAGCGAUGUUCAUGGCUAACGCAGUGUUUACUUCUGAAUACAACACUGGAACAUAUAUAUUUCUUCUAUUCUGGGGCACAAUGGUGAUGUGUGUUUUGUCGUUAAUAUUUUAUUAUGGAAAAGAGUUUGUUAAUUAUCCACGACUGUCAAGUUUUGACAAUGGAAAAAGACUUCAUCAUCAUCAGUCUUAGUAGUGCAUUCCAACUCAAUUUGAUUAUAACUGUAUGCUACUUUUUAGGAUAUAAUAUAAACUGUUCAACUGUUGUAAAACUUAUGUAUGAAAAAUAACUUGUUAUGGUUUAUUAUCUUUAUUAUUAUUUUAAAAAUGUAUUGAUUAUUUUUAGUAAUAAAAAUUUACUGUAUUAGUGA